AUGAUGCGAAGAUUCUGCGACUUUGCAAAAAGGAACGAUGUCGAGGUUCGGGAGGAAAAUGUUCCUUUUUUUUAUUGUAAGUCUACAACUGGCCAAGAGCAGCGCGGUGCAAUACACAAGAACUUUGUUGACCUUACUGGCCUAAGGGAGAUCACCGGAUCCGAUAUUUCGGGCCGGCCUUCGACGAAAGACGGCCGCAAGCCCCAUAAAACAGGCCCGCCCCAUGGAGAGAUGGGAAUCGGAUCUCAUCAGCGAUAUGUUGGCAUUAAAAAACGAUCGGGUUACCCUGCGGCCCGCCAGGGUCACAGCCGGUCGGUGGGGCGAAAUCGCUCUACUCUAAAAGGAAAAUGCCAUUCCCCACCCAAAAAAAAAGGACACCCUCAUUGUAGAUUGGGGGGCCCUCCCAAAGACAUUCAAAAUCGACCCGCACAGAGCGGCGCGGCGCGUGGUUAUCAGGGGUGGGGGGAUCCAAAAAAGGCAAUAGGCGUUGCCAAGGGCGCGGCGGAGGGGAGCGGCCCACAACUUUAA